UUGUUGUUCAACGAAAGAACGAGGAGAUCUCAGGCGCAAUGCUCAGGUCACGUAAUUUCUUUUUAAUUCCUCAAAGAUGGAAAAGUGGCAAAACCCGAUGGUCCAUACAACAACGCAAGAAGACAAGCACAGACCGUGCCUUGGAGAAUUUCGAUGACUUUUAUGGAUCCGUGUUUGGAAAACGUUGGAAGAAUAUACGAGCAGCUCUGCUAACCGAACACAAAUAUGUAGCAAUGGUCAAUAAUUUCGGAGAUAAUGAUAAAACAUGCAGUCGUUUGGAAAUGGAUGGAGCUAUAAAUGUAAAAGCUUUGGUGCAACUAGCUAAAGAACGGACAGAUGGUACUCCUCAAACUUCUUUAUCUAGUAACGAGGAAGAAAAUCAAAUGCAGGACCGCAUGCAAGCCUUUGCAAGAAAACAAGAGGAAAAGGAAAUACAAGCAAUAUAUCCGGAAAAUACCAACGAGACAGCUGUACCCAAUAAUUUAGAAUAUGGCGGUGAUCAGAGGAAAGAACAAACUAUCCAACAAAGCCGCAAGACACCUUUAAUGAAUGUAACUCAAGCUUCAGUAGACAUUGAUCAUUCCCGUAUUGUUGAUCCAGAUCAUGGAACAGGUGCUCUAUACGAUUUUGUUCCUGCCUCAACAAUCAAAGGCAUGGAGGAUUGGGUUCCGGAAUCCGAACAUUAUAAAUACUAUCAAACCACCAAUGAUUUUCCACUUAAAUAUGAAAUUGACAAUGAUUUCAUGUUUCCCGAGAACUUGUCUUUGUACACAUAUGAAAUGGGAAAUUGUUCUGAAUUUCGCCCACCAAAUAAAUGCCUGACAGGUGUUCUUUCGCACUAUUUACUGGAUGGCGCCUCAGUUCUACCUCCUCUAUUAUUGAAUGUUAAACCAGGCGAGAGGGUUUUAGAUGCCUGUUCUGCCCCGGGAGGCAAGUCGCUGCUAAUGCUGCAAACGCUUUAUCCGGAACAAUUGGUUUGCAAUGAUAUUAUGGAAUCCCGCGUCAAUCGUAUACGCAAAGUAAUGAAGGAAUAUUUGUUUGAUUUUGAAGAACGUUGGGAAGGCCAACGUGUGUUACUUAAUCAGUGUGAUGCCCGCAAUUUAGAUGAAUACGGCUGCUACGACAAAGUGUUGGCAGAUGUGCCCUGCACAAACGACCGACACUCGCUUAUGGAAGAUGACAAUAAUAUCUUCAAACCAACCAGAAUAAAGGAGAGACUUAGAAUACCCGAAUUACAGGCGGGUAUAUUGGCCAAUUGCCUACGUCUUUUGAAACCUGGCGGCAGUUUGGUAUACUCUACGUGCUCGCUGUCACCGGUUCAAAAUGAUGGUGUGGUCCAUAUGGCUCUCCAAAAGGCUUUCAAUGAAUAUGGUUUGACGUUUGUAAUUAAUGACUUAAGUUACACGAUACAAUUGUUUGCUGAUAUCUAUCGUUUUGAAUAUCCUAAAGGCUUGAAAUAUGGACAAAUGGUUAUACCAUAUUUACCGGCUAAUUUUGGUCCCAUGUAUUUUAGUAAAAUAACAAGAACUGAGUAAAUAGAGAGAA